AUGAAUAAUAUCGAGCUAACUGAUAAAUUAAUCAAUCGAAAAAAUGUAUUGAAAAUUAAUCUUAAUAACUUUCAACAAUACAUAGUUUUAGUUUAUAAUCAUUUGAAAGAUAAAGAAAAUGAACAACACACAAAUAUCACAUUAAUUGGAAAUAUUAAUCGAAAUAAUAAUGAGAUUGUAAUACCAGAUACUGUCGAUACUCAAUAUCAAUUAAUAAUAAUAGAUUCUUUCGCAAUACAUCUUAAAUCCAUAUGUGUCGGGCUAUUAAACAAAUCACAAUCAUACACAAUCAAUUUUGAAAACAAUCUAUUCAAAAACAACCUUGACUAUUUCAAACAAUCUCAUGUCAUUAAUAACAAACGAUAUCAUUCAAUAUCAAGAUUUACAAACAGUAAUGCUAUCAAUGAUGUAUAUUUAGUGUGUGGUACUGAUGUUCAUAGAUUGAUAAAUUAUAAAGAUAAUCAGAAAUCUUAUGAAAGAGCUGAGAAUGAAAUCAAAGCAAUGAAAUUACUCAAAGAUAAUCGAAGAUUUGUUCAACUUGUUGACUAUCAUCAUGAUAAAGACAAUCAAAUCUUUCAUAUCAUCACUAAAUAUUGUGGUGGUGGCGAUCUUUCCCAAAAGUAUAAACAUUUAACUGAUAUAAAUCUAAUCAUUGAAGAAUCAUAUAUCAGUAAUUAUAUUUCACAACUUUUCAAUAUUCUUUUGGAUCUUGAUAAACAUGGAAUUGUUCAUUGUGAUAUUAAACCAUCAAACAUAUUCAUUGAUGAAUCUGAUGCUUAUGGUACUUUGAUUCUUGGUGAUUUUGGAUGUUGUAAAUUCAUUGAUAAAUCAACAAUCAUUGAAUAUCAAGAUACAAAAGAACAUACUCUUGAAAUAAAUGAUUUUAAUUUAAAAACUAUCGAUCAUGAAAUAUCGGAGCCAACCACUUUUUCAAAUACAAACAUAAAUGCAACACGUGGAACAAUUGGUUAUAUUUCACCAGAAGCAAUGAACAGACAAUAUGCACAAUCAUGUGACAUCUUUUCAAUUGGAUCAACAAUUCUCAAACUAUUAUGUUGUCAUCCAGAUGAUCGAAAUAAUCAUCAACUAUUCCAAACUAAACGUGAAAUUAAGAUUUCAGAAUUCAGAUAUUCAAAACAAUUGAUUGAAUUUAUUCAUCGAUUGUUGGAUCAGAUUCCAAAGAAUAGAGAAUCAUUGAAUCAAUUAUUAAACCAAUAUAUUGAAACUAUCACCAAUAAUCAGAUAAUUACAUUCAAUUUAAAUACUCCAUUUCAUAAUACCUCCGUCAAUGUCACUGAGAUCAAUUUUGGAGAUGAAUUCAAUCAAAUAUUAUCAAUCGGUGUGUUACCUGAAUCACUUGAAUCAUUGGUGUUUGGUCGUAUAUUCAAUCAAAUAUUAUCAAUUGGUGUUUUACCUGAAUCACUGAAAUCAUUGGUGUUUGGAGAUGAAUUCAAUCAAAUAUUAUCAGUUGAUCACUUCGAUUAA